CACGACGAGGCCGCGCAGGACGGCAAGCCGCGCUACAGCUACGCCACGCUCAUCACCUACGCCAUCAACUCCUCGCCCGCCAAGCGCAUGACGCUCAGCGACAUCUACCGCUGGAUCUGCGACAACUUCCCCUACUACAAGAACGCCGGCGUGGGCUGGAAGAAUUCCAUUCGACACAACCUGUCUCUCAACAAGUGUUUCCGGAAGGUUCCCCGACCUCGAGAUGACCCUGGGAAGGGCUCUUACUGGACCAUCGACACCUGUCCCGACAUCUCCCGGAAGAGGAGACACCCCCCGGAUGAUGAGCUGUGUCAAGACUCCCCCGAGCAGGAGGCCAGCAAGAGCCCCCGGGGGGCCGUGCCGGGAAGCGGGGAGCCCCCGGCCGCCCUGCCUCCCGAGGGCAACCCUCAGAUGCCGCUCUCCAGCCCCGCCGCCAUGGCCAGCUACAGCCAGGUAGGAAGAUGAGGGGCUCAGGGGGAGGGGAGGGGUGGCUGCGUGGACUCUGACACUCCACUCAAAGGCGUGGCGGAAGGCGGCGCGCCCCUCUACACCGCCAACCCCGACUUCAAGUUCUCCUACUCCGAGAUCAACUUCCAGGACCUGAGCUGGUCCUUCCGCAACCUGUACAAGUCCAUGCUGGAGAAGUCCUCCUCCUCCUCCUCCUCCGCCGCCGCCGCCGCCUCCCAGCACGCCUUCCCUCCAGACUGGUGCUCCAGCCUCGACUCCCUCAAGGAGAGCUUUAAGAUGGUCAACCGGCUCAACUGGUCCAGCAUCGAGCAGUCGCAGUUCUCAGAACUGAUGGAGAACCUGCGGCAGGCCGAGCAGAAGAAUUGGACUCUGGACCAGCACCACAUCGCCAACCUGUGCGACUCCCUCAGCCAUUUCCUCACGCAGGCCGGGCACCUGCCCCCCCAGAGCCCGCACCGGCCCCCUGCGCUGGCCCCCCGCACCGAGGCCUGCGCCCUCACCAGCGGCAAGCAGGGGGCAGCCAUGAGCCAAGUGAACUCUUACGGACACCCCCAGCCCCCCCACCUCUACCCUGGCCCAUCGCCCAUGUACCCCGUCUCUACCCAGGACUCGGCAGGCUACAGCCGCCCAGCUCACCACCUGGUCCCCCGGCCCCCCGUCCAGGCCUCCGCCGCGAAUGAGGAGAUUUCUGACGACUUCGACUGGGACUUGAUCACCUGACGCGCCCUCCAGGAGAACGGAGACGGCGCUGCGCUCUUCCCGCUGUACAUACACUCUCUCUCCCGCUUUUGGUUCUGAUUCCUCCCCAUCCCUGACAUCACCGCCACCAGCUGCCACCAACCCAGACUUCCUGUCU